GAAUAUACGUUUUCUUAUAAUUGAUCCCAAUUGAACUAAUUUCUUGAACCAAUGCCACUUUUCCUCCUCCAUCCAUCACUUUCUUAUUCAUUUUUGCUCUCAUACUCCCUACAUAAAAUUUUCACUGUCUACUCGACUUACUAGAAUUACUUACCGAUAUCCAAAAAUCAACGAAGCACAAAGACUUGUUUGUUAGCUAAAUUUACUAGGUUCUCAUUACUUCAUUCCCAAUUCGAUAUUUGCAGGGAUUUGUGGCAUUCAUUGUUGGGAUACUCCACAUGAUGAAUGGUUUAAACCUUUUUCGAGACAACGUGAAACGAGCCAUGGUUGCUUUGCUCUCGAUGGUCAUUGUGUUGUUGUUUUAAAGUCUAGAGAUUUACUAGUUGCAUACCAACUAGAAUAUAUGAUUGAUACAUAAGCAAUUUAGUUUGGUAGUAUGUACUCCAAUGCAUAAUGAAAAGAGGGGGCAAGUUAGCUUGUAUAUACUGCUUUAAUGUAACACAAUUUCAGAGCAUCCAUACGAGUAGAUAAUAGUGUUAUUCUUUUGCAUCUUUUUAUCAUGGAUAGACAUGACCAAUACAUUUUUGUUCUUCUGGUGAAAACGUAAUAUGAGGAGUCAAAACUCGAUGUACUACCUAAGAUAGAUGGUCUAAUUUAACUCAUAAAACUUCGGAUGACCACAAGACUAUUUCCUCUAUGUAUCUUCCAUGUUUGCACUUUCCACAUCUAACCCUUUGUCAUUCUCUCUCUUAAUCCUUUGCACUUAACUCCAUUACCAAAUCAUGAUCACUCUUGUUUGAUUAGAGGUUAAUUCUUUUUUCCUAGUGGGCUUCCUUCGUUUUAUACCUUCAAUUCAUCCCCUCCAACUUUUUUUCACAAUUGUAUCAACACUUCCUGAUCCCUUUCCCCAAGAAAAGCACUUCUUAAUUCUUUUUUUACAAGAAUUAGCUAUUAUACCAUUGUUACAAUCCUAUUAAUCCAUUAUUGAAUUAGGGAAGGCAUAUUAGAUUGCUUUUCUUUUGAGUUUUCCUUUUUCUCAAUCCUUUUUAAGUUUGUUUUCUUUCUCUAGUGUCUUUUAUAUGAUCUUUCGAGGCUAAUCGGGUUGAUGUGCUUGAGUGAAAAACAAAAAAAACUAGUCGAUUAAAAGGAGGAAAGAGGACAAACAAAAUGGACAAAAAUGAGGAAGCCUCGGGAGAGAAAUCACCCGAGAAAAAGGAGGAGAAGGAGACUAAAGGUAAGGAUCAUGAGGACGACGACGAUGAUGAUCAUGAAGAUGACAGAACAAUUGAAGUGGGUCCUCAAUACUCGCUCAAAGAACAACUUGAGAAGGAUAAGGAUGACGAAAGUUUGAGGAGAUGGAAAGAGCAACUUCUCGGCGCUGUGGAUAUUGAGGCUGUUGGAGAAACUUUGGAUCCCGAAGUGAAAAUUUUAAGUCUAGCUAUCAAAUCUCCUGAUAGGGAGGACAUUGUGCUUUCGAUCCCAGAAGAUGGAGAUCCCAAAGGUUGUUGGUUCACCUUAAAAGAAGGUUGCCGAUACAGUUUACUCUUCACCUUUGAAGUCAAGAAUAACAUAGUGUGUGGCCUACGAUAUACCAACACAGUUUGGAAAACUGGAGUCAAAGUUGAUAGUACAAAAGAGAUGCUUGGAACUUUUAGUCCACAAGCAGAGACUUACACACAUGAGAUGCCCGAGGAGACAACCCCUUCUGGCAUGUUUGCUAGGGGAUCAUACUCAGCUAGAAGUAAGUUUGUGGAUGAUGAUAACAAAUGUUACUUGGAGAUCAAUUACACCUUUGAUAUUCGUAAAGAAUGGCUGCCAACCUAAGCCCAACAGAGAGACCGUUCUAAUGACAUACAUCAAUGUCAUGACAAUUUUUGAGGCUUCAAAGCUUAUAUUUUUGUCUGUGUUCUGUUUAUGUUAUAUUUACAGUUAGAAUUGUACGAGAGUUUUCUUUGUUUUUUUUUCUUUCCGAUCGGAAUUAUAUGAGUACUUUUAUUAUUUUUCGGUGAAAAGGUUGUACGAGAUUAUUUACUAAAACAAUGGACAAGAGAAUGUAACUAAUAAAUUCAAUCCGACAACUUAUCAUACGCGUACUUACAACGAAAUAAAGUAAUUGUAUUUCG